AUGAACUCAAACUCACAAUCAGACUUAACUAGCAAUCAAACCCCUAAGUAGCAAGUGAACCCGUUUCUUAUAUAGCACUCUUAGACUUAAGAAUAGCAAAUACUUUUCAACCUGAGCUAAAGCAAUCAAAAUGAAAUAAAUACCUUUCACAAUAUCAAACCAUAGAAUAGUUAGAUAAUGAAUCCAGAGCCAUACCACACUCACUUUGAUAGUGAUUUAGUCUAUGCAUCAUAAAACUAGUUGAAUAUAAACUUUAACUCUCAUUCAUAGCAACCUAUCAAUAACUAAAUGAGCGAUUAGCUUUGCUAAAAUUGUCUUGUAGGCACUGUUUCCUUCUAUAUAGUGGAUUAGGAUAAGAGACUAUGCGAGAAGUGCGCGGUGAAUGAGAUCUAUAAGAACGAAUCAUAUGAGAAAAUAGUUGAAAAGGUUUGGAAUAAGGUCAAGAACAUAAUGAUUUUAAGAAAGAAAGUAUGCUAAUCAAUCAACCAUCAGCUGCAAAUUUAAUAAUCUCUACAAGAAGCUUAAUUGCUGUUGAAAUAGCAAAACAGUGCAAAUAGUUAGAAUGCUACUUUGUUACAGUAGAAAACCAUGCUUUUCCAAAUGCAAUAGAGGAAUACUGUAAUUAAUGGGUAGAGUUUGCCAUAAAUAGGCGGAGUGGAUCUGCCAGGGCAACUCAAUAAUUUAGCUGGUAAUAAUAGUCUAGGUUAAAGCAACAGCAAUACUUAAGGGGUAGGCAGUGGAAGUGGUGCAUUGUUUGGGAACAUGAAUAUAAAUUAGGAAUCGCUUAUCAAUAAUAAUAACACUGGUGUUAUGUUUAAGAAUACCAAAUUCAAUCAAAAUUAGAACAACUUCUCUCAACAGAUGCAAUAGGAUUAGUAGAAUGAUGUGGAUAUGAAUAUAGAGAGACUAAACUUAUUCUAUGACUUGCUCUAGAUAGAAAUAGAAAAGCUCAGAAGGAAAUCUAUAGACGAUAUAAUGCUUAAUGCUAAGGCUUAAUAAAGGUACUAAGCUACCUAGCAAUAGCAUUAGCAAAACUAGCAAACUAAUUAAAAUAUAACUGGAUAGCCUGUAAAUAUAAAUAAUAGCCCGAAUGCAGCAAUUUAAAAAGAAUCAUUCUAAUGA